AUUUUCCGAAGUUUGAAUUCUGUCUGAAAAGCGGGGACGACAUGGACGGCAUAUGCAAAUUCUGAUUGGCGGUGCCAACUCAGUAACUCACAGCUCUUCGGGACUGCCAGCCUCUCCGAUUUCUUGCGUCAUCAACCGUCCGAAACUCUUAUGCCUGAUCAGCCAUUGUUCAACGCCCAUCCCUUGCCCGCAGCAUCAAGACGAGAAUUCAACCAGCCUGUCAGUGGACCGUCAGUCAAACGCGUCGCGCUCCGCACGCGAGAUCCAGCAGUACAAUAGCAUCAGACCUUGGCACUGCGGGGCCCCCAACCACAACACCGCCAUCUCAGCGCCGACAAUGAGGGGUCUCCAGCUCAAUAUCUUUAGCUGGCUGUCCUUAGGUCGGAGCUCACAAAGAAGUCGAACUCGCUGAGCCCCUCCUGGACUGCCUGUCCAACCGCACACCUCAACCGGCCGUCAGAAACGGCCCUUUUGGUCGCGAGGAUACGGUGGUUUGGCGUUUCAAGGCGAGUCAGAAAGGGCAUGGUGAGCUUGGUACUGGCUCCCCGCGGCGUCUUUCAAUCCCCAAGUUCCCCGUUACCAGACCCUGGAUCCUUUUCUUGACCGCUACCACACCACAGCAAAGCAUGCAUUUGUCAUGUCCAUCCACCAUCGCUCGCCCCACCGUGAGAGCGUUCAAAGUCGUCUCCUCUCGCAUUCGACUUCAUCAGACAUGCUGGCUGCAUGUCCCUCUUGUCCAAUUUGGUCAUGACACAAGGCAUGGCAGGAAUAUGUAGUGGCUGGCUUUGAACAGGUGUUUCCAGAGUCCCCCACAGAUGCUGCCGGUCGCGACCACUUCUUGCCAACGGUCUGUUCACGUGGCCUGGCUGAAUGAGGGUUGGUGAAGAGCCCUCAGACAGACGUUUGUUGGCUGUGUAAGGAGCCGGCUGAUUGGCUGCCCGCGUCGUAUCCGACCUGCCCAAUCCAUUUCUGGUACAACUCAGACCUAUCUCUUGCUUUUUUUCUACCGGAUUUUUGGCCUAAUCACGGCGAUUCGCGAGUCUUCUGUCAGGCGAAAGCCAAGUCGGCGGGAAGUGAUUGGCAGUCACAGCCCCGACAGCGGUGAUGGCAGCAGUUCUCUGACAUGAAGGCCAAACGCCAUAAAUCCUCGAAUCUUGUUCAUGGUCUCGCGGCCAACCCCACGCCCGGCUACAUCCAGGAAUCUGAAGUGCCCGACUUACACGUGGUGCCACUGACACAACCGGCCACCACCACCACCACCGCCGCCGCCGCCCACCUGAGAUUCUUGCAUCGAUAUCGGUGGUGCCGUGUCGUGCUCUCUGGCAUUGACCGAUUCCGGCUCAAGAGGGCAACAAAAGCCUGGAGUAAAAAAACAUUGGACAAGCUUCAAGUUGCAAAGAACAUGUCGCGAGACACGGAGUAGUGUAGCCAGAGCAGGAAAAACACGAGAGUUACAAAAGCCAUCCCGCACCACCACUACGCUCAUCAAAGCAUGCGGCCAGCAAUUGGCCCGGACAGGCUGGCAAAAAAAAAAAAAAAAAAAGCAUAUCUGAUGGCCGCAGAUGCCUCCUCUCUUCUGCCGUUGUUCUUCAUUGUUGACAUUGCAAUUCACCCCCUCCUUCCCCCCAUCUCCAAUUUCUAAGUCCCAGGCCCGAAAGUCGGGAUCAGCAAUCGUUGUUUUGCCGCGGGUGGUGACGUACAAGGACAGGACAAAAAGCCAAAGUUCGAAAGUUGGGCGCCGGCCGUCACAGGAGUCGCGCCAACAGCCGCCAGCGUUUCCAGCGUUGCGCUCUCUUGUUGUUGCCCGUGUCUCUCUCGCGCCGUCGAUAGCCUCUUUUUGGCAUCCGGGACGGUACUUGGUUCCAGAGCUUUUUUUUUGGGUGGUGGAGUUUGUCUGUCUUUGGCGGCUUCCAUUUGGAUUUUGGACCGGGCUGGAUGCCCCGCAAACCCGAGCAGUGACCAACGCACAACUGGUACCCUGACACCCUGGCACCCUCACUCUCGAACCCUGGAAACCCAAUUGAACCCCACCAUCCGCAGGUUGUUGACCAUUCACACACCCUUGCCCCGUCGGCUCACCAGCCCACCGCCCACCCACCGUCCACCGCCCACUUGAGCUGCUCCAGCACUCCAGGUCACUCCCACACCCACCUCGGGUGUGCCACACAAGAAAGUCACUGUCUGCCGUGUCUGUCUGUCUGUCUGUCUCUCUCUGUCUGACCCCAACGACAAAUUAUCUUCCUUUUUUACCCUACUCCCCCCGACCCUACCUCUACCUACCUACCCCGCCACUCGAUUCCCUUCCCCAGACGCCGCAAACCUACACCCAUCGUCCAAGGUCGCCAGCAACACAUGUCGACCCAAUUAAAGGAACUACGGCUGCCGCAGCUGGUGGAGGAGAGGAGGAAACACGAGCUUCAGCAGCAGCAACUACACCACCAGCUCCCACCACCAUGUCUUGACGAAGAGCAGCACGCUCAGCUGUUCUUCACCUUCAACUCGGCCUCAUCAUCGUCCGACUUCGCUCUGCCGUCACCUGUCACGCCAACCUUUUCGCGCUCCAGCCAGCAAGCCAGGUUCUCCAGCUCGUCAUCGUCUCUCGAAACCACCGACAGCCCGGCUUCGCCCUCCCACCCCAUACAUGUCAUCAAGUCGCCUACCAAACUGCCACUGCCGGAUGUUCAGGAGGACCCAUCAGAGAGGGAGGACGACGACACGGCCUUUAUUGUGUCCGAGUAUGGGGACACUGAAUUCCCUACCUGGUCCUACUGCUUGUGUGAUGCUGGAUGUUCAUGCGAUUACAAUAACGACACCAGGAAAGGUAGAAGCACCCAUCCCUACUCGAGACCUGGAUCAGACUACGACUUGGGGUCUCUGAGCGACGGUGAUUUCAACGGAAGCCCACGGUCUAGGAAAAGGCGCGUCGGAUCCGACGCAGGGAUUGCGAGCUGGGGGACCAGGCUUGGUUCAAGAUUGACAAGCCUGCCGCGUUGGAGAUCGGCAUCCGUGUCCAGGCGUGCCAACCUGGCGUUUUCACCCGCAUCUGAUCCAGCUCUUGCAGAACAACGAAGGCCCAGCUUCUCUCAUGCCGCCUCGAGCAGAUCGUCAUCCGUCUCUGUGCCGGCCACGGCCCGCGUCCCCGAGUCUGUUCCCGCAACGCCUGCGCUAUCAUUCUACGAGAGCACCGACAGUAUUGUGCCAACUUCUCCCCUUGAUAUCCAGCCAGCGGCCAUGGGAAAAAGUCUGGAGCGGGACCGAUCCAUGGCCACCACCCCUCUUCUCCCACCUAUGAUGAUGGAGAAAGCCGGUCACCAAACCCAUCCGCAGUCGCUUCAGGCGUCGCCUUUGCAGUCGCCCGCAGUGGUGCCCUCCCCGAUGCCCGAGUUUCCAGUGCAGGCGCCCUACCCGACACCUCCCCUCAGCACAAAGGCGUCUUUCACCUCUCUCCGCCGAGGAACUGUGUCGAGCAUCUUCAGCGACCUUCCUUCUCCCGUGGUGAUGACUCCCACCAUACUUGUGGAGCAGCAGCCAGAUGCAUGGUCGGACCGUCUGGGACACGCAAACUUCACCAUUGACCCAAAGCCAUAUGUUCCCGAGAAGGCGGAUCUGGCCACCUUUCAAGCAUUCUGUUCAGACUGGAACCUGGCCAGGACCAAUUACGCAAAGCAUCUCGGGCGGACCGGAGAACACUACGGCACCACCUCCAAGACGUACGCCCUCACCGAGGCCAAGUGGGCCGACAUUGAGAGGGAGUGGCAGCAGGCGGAGCAAGUCCUGAUCCAGAGGGUGGGUCAGUCUGGGAACGGCAACCCUUCCAUUAUCUCGCAUUUGCGACGGACGGCCGAAGAAAUGGUUCCGUGUGGAAUUCCCCAAAUCCAGAAUAAUGACGGCAAGUUUCCGGCACUAGGAGAUUCCGAGAUUGUGGGGCCCAUGGCACGCGAUGCUGUCAUGGUCCGCGACGGACACGACGAGAAGAGGAGCGCCUCGAUCUGGUUGAAGAAUUUGGCCGAGAAGGUUGGCCUGAGAAAGUAACCACCACUCUCGAGGCCCAUGUCUCAAAGACACCACUCCACAAAACUUUACGAAGAGCACGACACGUCUCGAUAUGAACCUGAGCAGUCGGCUUUCUGACAGCAUUGCAUAGCAUUGCGGUUUUCUUUUUUUUUUCUUUUUUUUUUUCUUUUUUGUUUUUCCUCAUUUUCUUUCCUUAACUGAGAUACCCCAUCGGUUAACAUCAUUCCUUACAUAAUGUUUGUCGGGCUGGUAUGGCAUAUCACAUUUGAUAGGCGCUGGUGUUAUCCUUUUACCUUCCCUUCAUUUUAUCGUGGCUGCUAUGGCAAAGUAGGUUACACCUUAUUGUUUACACCAUGUUAUUUAGAGCUAGACCAUGUUCUGGCACUGCUGAGGAGUCGUCUUGUACAUAAAAAGAUGUAUCUGUGUAUCUAUCCAUCUUAUCUACUGGAAGGCAUGGAGCUUGGUUGGGGGGAUCAGACGACUGGGUGUCUGUAGGACUCAGAGGGCAUCGCAUUGGGGGCGCCGGACAAAAAAAAUUAGAUGGAACAUUCACAGCAUUACCAGGGGUGGUAGGAAUUGGGUUCGGGUUUGGACUCGGUUCCGGCACAAGGGGACACGGCGGCGGUGGCGGCGGCCAGCCAUGAGGUGUGUGGGAGGACAUGGGCAAAAGGCAAAGAGACAGAAGGAGCUACUAGCUAGCUGUUAUUCAGCAUGAGGCCAGCCAAGCGAAGCAGCAUGCUGUGUCCAUUGCCUACCAAUUCAGUCUUGAACCCCUUCCAAUCGAAACC